AUGGCGUCGCGUGAUCGCACCGCUGAGUUCCUUCAGUACCGUAGUGUUCGGCCGAAGCACCCCGACGCGCAGCGGCUGCUGGAGGAGGAGCAGGAGAUGCACAGCAUGUACGUCACCCCUCUCUGGGUGGAGAAGAUGGAUGACGUACGCGUUAUUGAGAAGAAGAUACAAGAGCAGAUGGCCACACUCGAUAGCCUGCGGAAGAACCACCUCAAAAUUGAAUUCAGUUCCGCUAGGGAUGAGAACCAGGAGGAGGUGCAGAUCGAGAAGGCACAGGACGUGAUUGAUAGCCUCUUCAAACACGGUGAGAAGGUCAUCAGGGAACUAGACGCCGCAUACCUGCGCGACCUCCCCGACAGUGGCACCGAUGCAGAGCUGAGCAUUCUUCGUAAUGUGAAGAUGUGUCUUAUCAAUGAGCUUAACAACAUCAGCAAAGUUUACCGUGAGAGCCAGCGUCGCUACAUGAUGGACGUGAAGAAGCAGCACGCGGUGGCUCAACGUUGGGCUGGUGGAGAGCGGCAGCGCGUUAUUGAGCAACAGCUGGAGACGGAUGCGGUAAUGGACCAAUAUCUUCAAAAGGGCAUGACACAAGAACAGGUUGAGACUAUUCUACUAAAUCAGCAUAUGGUAGACGAGCGAGUGAAGGAGUUUGACCGGAUAUACACCUCGAUCAAGUCUCUGCAUGAAAUGUUCAAGGACAUGAAUAUGCUUGUUAUUGAGCAGGGUGCCGUCCUAGACCGCAUUGAUUACAACAUGACAGUGACGCACAGUCGCGUGCAGAAGGGGAAGGUUGAGCUGCAAAAGGCAGCUGAAUACCAGGAAGCGGGUGCGUUCAAAUUAUGUGUGCUAUUUCUAGUCGUCCUCAUUAUUGGGCUACUGAUUGCCCUACUCUUCAAGGCAAUGAGGUGA